GCGAAGACACCCGUUGCGCAACGCGUCCAUCUCCGACGCCGGCACGGAGCUCCAGUCUCCACACAGCCCCCCCGCCGCAACAGCGAGGCUAGAUUUUUGAACUCAACUGAAAAUUCUCGAAUUUUUUUUAGGGUUCCGAGGUUUCUCUUUCUCGCGUUCCCCGCCCCCGUCUGGUGUUCCCCGUUCGCCGCGAAAGCGGGUAAAGUGGCCGCGAUCUUUACCGCCCUCAUCCUCUGCUCUCGUCUCGUCUCUUCUCCUCUCCCAGGGCAUCCAAAGCAGGGUGGUCACCUCCAUCAUCAGACAGGAUGCGGGAGGCACAGUUGGGCUCCCACACGAUUCAGACCCACGGAGUGAGACUGGCCAGAAAGCACACGCACGACUGGGUUGUUCUGAUUCUUCUGGCUGCGCUAGUGGUUGCCCUGCAUUUCGCUCCCCCCUUCAGUCGAUUCGUCGGAAAGGAUAUGAUGACUGAUAUUAGGUACCCGGUGAAACCAAGCACGGUACCAGCGUGGGCUGUCCCUAUGAUCUCUAUACUCUGUCCCUGGAUCGUCUUCAUAUCAAUAUAUGUUGCCAGGAGAGACGUUUAUGAUCUGCAUAACGCGGCACUAGGUGUCCUUUUCGCUGUGCUGAUAACUGCAGUUUUUACUGACGUGAUAAAGACUGCAGUAGGGAGACCGAGGCCGGACUUCUUUUGGCGAUGCUUUCCUGAUGGAAAUCAGUUAUACGAUCAGGUGACUGGUGAUGUGAUUUGCCAUGGUGAGAAAAGCUUCUUGAAGGAUGGGCGCAAGAGCUUUCCUAGUGGCCACACUUCGUGGUCUUUUGCUGGUCUUGGAUUUUUGUCACUGUACUUGUCAGGCAAAAUUAAGGCCUUUGAUCGCCAAGGUCAUGUGGCCAAACUUUGCAUAGUGAUCCUUCCGCUUCUUCUUGCAUCACUUGUCGGGGUUUCAAGAGUAGAUGAUUAUCGACACCACUGGGAGGAUGUGUUUGUUGGCGGCCUUAUUGGAUUUAUCAUGGCAGUGCUGUGUUACUUGCAUUUCUUUCCUCCUCCAUACCAUGAUCAAGGCUGGAGACCGUAUGCAUACUUCCACAUGCUGGAAGAACUUGAAGUUGAAGCGGCAAAUUCAAACAACGCACAAAACCAACAGUCCACUGGUGGUCAUCACAUUGCCAUGUCUGAGCAGCAGCAUAACAGGACAUCAAGAAACGAUUUGGAAUCUGGAAGCGUGUAACAUGCCUCCUGCACUUUUACUGAAGUAGCAGCAAUGUACAUUGUACAGUAAGUGCAACCUAACCUUCUAUGCAUGUACUCGACAUGUGUUACAAGAUAGAAUUAGAGAUAUAUAGUUUCUUCUUACCCAGUGUUACCCCCGCUUCAUCUUGUGUGAAAUCAGAAGCUAGUAAGGCCUAACCUAGAUGUUCCAGGCCUACCUGUGGCCAAAUUAGUUGUAAGAGUUGCUAGUGGAGGUACUGAUUAGGAACUUAUUCCUGUUAUUAUGAAAGAGCAGCAGAAAGUAGAAUUGAAAAUGACAAGCACAUCUCCUAAACAUUCUGGUCCAGCUUGCACCGUCGAAUGGGUUCUAAGGCCUACCUAUUCUGUUCGUAGAUUAUAAGGGCAGAUACAUUUGUUUUGUCUCCCUAUUUGGAUGACCAAAUGGAUUCCUGGUCU